AUAUUGCCCCUCUCCCAGGCGAUUUUACCAUAACCAGAUCGAAACCAGCAGUAACAACAUAAAGAUUUCGAAUCUCUAAAAAUGUCAGAAAACGCAGGUGCGGAGCAGUUUAAUGAAGAUGAGUUGGUGGCGCCAAGUUGGCUUAACACCGAGUUCAUAGAAGGGGUCUUGAGGUCGCAUGAAAAAGCCCCGGAACUGAAAGUAACCGAUCUAAAAAUCACCCCAGCGAGUGCCCAAGGCGAUCACUAUGCCAGCGUGAUGUUCCGGACUACGGCGGAGUAUACCACCAUGAAGGGAAAGUUCACCAAACCCCUGAUUCUGAAGACUAUGCCCCAUGAGGAGGGUCAUAAGAAAGAUAUGCUGAGUAAUUCACAUUUGUUUUCGACGGAGAUCGGGAUGUACUCCAAGGUUCUUCCGGAGUUUGAGAGAAUUCUGCGAGAAGCGGGCGAUAGUACAAAGUUGUAUGUGCCUUGUGUGUAUCACAGCAUGGAGCCAAGGCAAGUGCUGAUAUUCGAGGAUCUUGUGCCGCAAGGAUAUGCCGUCAUUCGGGAUCGUCCGGUGACACCAGAGGAACAAAAAGCCGUAUUCACAAAGUUGGCCAAGUGGCAUGCUGUUAGCAUGAAGGUUAUCAAUGAGCAACCGGAUUUUCUCAACGACUUCCAAUACGGCCUGAUCGAGAUGCCCACCGUGAUGAACGAUCCUAUGGUGACCACAGGAAUGGCAAACUUUGUCGAAAUGUUAUCUGUAGAUCCUGAGCUUACAAAGUACAAGGCUUAUUUUAGUAAAAUGCAGGACGUAUACUUGUCCCGGAUGGCUGAAGUGAUGCAGGAGUUCCGCAAGAAUCGGCAGCCUGAUGGUCACUACGUUCUCAGCCAUGGAGACUUCCACCUCCGGAAUAUGAUGUUCAGGAGCAAUAAGAACUCGGGAGCCUUCGAGGAUGUCAUGUUUGUGGACUUUCAGAUCUCCAAUGUGUGCCCGUCAUCUGUCGACCUGAUAUACUCAAUAUACAUGUUGCUGGAGCCGGAGCAGCGUUGCGAACUUGGAAAGGAUGUGAUAAAUUAUUAUUUCUCCGUUCUGGUGGAUACGUUGAAGAAAGUUGGCUAUAAGGGGGUGUUUCCUACGCAGGACGGUCUAUGGAAAGAAAUUCAUCGCCAUAAAUACUACGACUUUUUCCUGAUGUCCACUUUUAUGCCUAUGAUCUUAGCCAUCAAGGCAAAUGCUUUCAAGAUGGCCGACCUUAUCCAGAACAACGACAUUAGGAAGAAAGUAUAUUUCCUAGACGGUUACCAGGAAGAACUCAAAAAGCUUUUACCGAAAUUCGAGGAGCUGGGUUACUUUAAAACUAUUUAAGCAAAAAUUUAGUUGUUUUUUAAUUAGUUUAAGAACUUUUAAAAUACAUUGUUUAGAAAAAAUAUAUCUCCUUGUUUUAAAUUGAAGUUUCUUUUUUAAGUGUGAACAUAUUAAGUGCUUUAUAUUUUACUAGUGUUGGAAAAAAAAAAUGUUAAAUGUUAAAAGUAAAAAAAUCCAAGAAACCCGA